AUGUCCAAUGCAUGCGACACUCCCGAAUAUCGGCUUGCCCGCGCAGAUUCGAAAGAUCCGGCCACGACAUGUCGCGGAAUCAAGGCCGAUGGACAAAAAUGUCGUCGAACUGUAGCAUCGGCUAAGUCAACGCCUUGCGCCUCGCCAUCCAGAGGUGCGAUGUCCAGGAAGAGAACCGACGAUCGUCCAACAGCAGCUCUAUUUUGCUGGCAGCAUAAGGACCAGGCGGCUCAUAUCACGCCAACGCCCGCAAAAGCAUCUACGCCUGCUUCAAAACUAAAGACGCGAUCGAGUAUUGAAACGCUUGCGGAGAAAGUUGGGUUGCUUGAUGUCAAUGAUCAACGCCGCCCAGUCUCGGAGGGGCAGGUGUGUGGGCGAACAGGACCCCAAAGGAUGGGUAGAGAACGGCUAGAUACUGAACCGCGCCCUGGCAGAGAAGCCUUCCAAAACAAUGAAAUAAGGAGACACUCAAUCACUGCUACGCCCGCGAGACAUAAUCUACAAGUUGAAAGUACAGCUCUCGGUUCUCCUGGCUCAAGUAGGAGGUCUAAGUUUCAAAGAAAGCUCAUUCGAUUCAUUAUGGGAGCACACGAUGAUGAAGAUAUUCUAAUUUCAAAAGUGUGUCAUCGUCGAACGGCUUCGAAUAAUGAAACAACGACAUCCCAUCUACUUUCCCGUCCGGCCGUCGUUCAGCCUCCGUUUCGGUCCGCAGAUACCAUUAACGACAGAUAUUCCCGCUCGUCUCACCUCUCUGAAGGUCGGGUGUCUUCCCAGCUCGAAGUCCCUCAGCCCUCAACUCCUCACUCUCGACCUCUAACGCGUCCAUCAUCCCUAUCGCCGUCACCAGCCAGACCACUUCGACCAUCAUUACAGGGCAGUCCCGCCUCCACGCAUUCGCAUACCGACACUCUUCUAUCCUGGAUACCCAACUCUCUUUCGCCAAUAACCACAUCCACUCUUCUCAAAGAGUUAUCGGAACCCAUAUCCGAUGCCGACGAACCGGGGUACAUAUACAUGUGCUGGGUCACGCCACAAACAACAAAUACCUCUCUCCCAACCCCAGAACUUGCCUCCUCCCUAAUCCCCUCCCUGGUCGACAACGGCAACAGUCGAAGUUACAGCACCAGCGAAAUCAUGCGCUCCGCCGGCAUUACACCAAACAAAGUCCAUGAUCCCCAACGGAACACCGCUACAGAUACCAUAAUUCUGAAAAUCGGACGCUCAAGCAACGUCCACCGCCGAAUGAAUCAGUGGAAGGACCAAUGUGCGCAUAAUCUUACGCUCAUGCGGUAUUAUCCGCAUGUGCCUUCGUCGACAUCCGUGCAGUCGGAGUCAUUGGCUCCUCCGCGUAAGGUGCCACACACGCAUAGGGUGGAACGGCUGGUUCAUCUGGAGCUGGCGGAUAGAAGGGUCAAGUUGCAGGAACCGUGCAGUUGCUGUGGGAGGAAACAUAAGGAGUGGUUUGAGAUUCGGGCUGAUAGGGAGCAGCUGAGGAUAGUUGACGAGUGUGUGAGGAGAUGGGUGAGGUGGAGUGAGAUGACGGGCGGUUGA